AUGAGCGCGUGCGCCCUCCUCGAGGGUGCGCUUCGGGACACCGGGCUCAGCGCCCCCGCGCCGUGGGCUCCAUCCCCGCCCCGCGUCCCCCGGGCCCUGCCCUGGCCCCGGCCCCGGCCCCGGCUCCGGCUCCUGCUGCUGCUGCUUCUCCUGCCGCCCUCCGUCCUCUCGGCCGUCUUCACAGUGGGGGUGCUGGGCCCCUGGGCCUGCGACCCCAUCUUCGCGCGCGCCCGCCCGGACCUGGCCGCCCGCCUGGCCGCCGCCCGCCUGACCCGCGACCCGGCGCUGGGAGGCGGCCCCCGCUUCGAGGUCACGCUGCUGCCGGAGCCGUGCCGGACGCCGGGCUCCCUGGGGGCGGUGUCCUCCGCGCUGGGCCGCGUCUCGGGCCUCGUGGGGCCGGUGAACCCCGCAGCCUGCCGGCCGGCCGAGCUCCUGGCGCAAGAGGCGGGCGUGGCGCUGGUGCCCUGGGGCUGCCCCGGGACGCGGGCGGCGGGCACGACGGCCCCCGCCGGGACGCCUGCGGCGGACGCCCUCUACGCUCUCCUCCGCGCCUUCCGCUGGGCGCGCGUGGCCCUGGUCACCGCGCCGCAGGACCUGUGGGUGGAGGCGGGCCGCGCGCUGUCCGCCGCGCUCAGGGCCCGGGGUCUGCCCGUGGCCCUGGUGACCACCAUGGAACCCUCAGACCUGUCGGGAGCCCGGGAGGCCCUGAGGAGGGUCCAGGACGGGCCCAGAGUCAGUGCAGUGAUCAUGGUGAUGCACUCGGUGUUGCUGGGCGGCGAGGAGCAGCGCUGCUUACUGCAGGCGGCGGAAGAGCUGGGCCUGGCCGAUGGCUCCCUGGUCUUCCUGCCCUUCGACACGCUCCACUACGCCUUGUCCCCGGGCCCGGGGGCCUUGGCCGCGCUCGCCAACAGCUCACAGCUUCGUAGGGCCCACGAUGCAGUGCUCACCCUCACGCGUCACUGUCCCCCGGGAAGCAGCGUGAUGGACAGCCUGAGCAGGGCCCAGGAGCACCAGGAGCUGCCCUCUGACCUCAACCUGGAGCAGGUGUCCCCACUCUUCGGCACCAUCUACGACGCGGUCUUCCUGCUGGCGGGGGGCGUGGCGCGGGCGCGGGCGGCCGCAGGGGGCGGCCGGGUGUCCGCAGAGGCGGUGGCCCGCCACAUGCAAGAUGCCCAGGUGCCCGGCUUCUGCGGGGCCCUGGGAGGAGCCGAGGAGCCCCCAUUCGUGCUGCUGGACACGGAUGCGGCGGGGGACCGGCUCUUCGCCACCUACAUGCUGGACCCCACCCGGGGCUCCCUCCGCUCGGCUGGGACCCCGGUGCAUUUCCCUAGAGGCAGAGGAGCACCUGGGCCCGACCCGUCGUGCUGGUUCGAGCCAGACAUCAUCUGCAACGGAGGAGUGGAGCACCGCCUCGUCUUUAUCGGCUUCCUCCUGGUGGUUGGGAUGGGGCUGAUGGGGGCCUUCCUGGCCCAUUAUGUGAGGCAUCGGCUACUUCACAUCCAAAUGGUCUCUGGCCCCAACAAGAUCAUCCUGACUCUGGACGAUAUCACCUUUCUCCACCCGCAAGGCGGCAGCACGCGAAAGGUGGUCCAGGGGAGCCGAACGAGUCUGGCCGCCCGCAGCACGUCAGACGUUCGCAGCGUCCCCAGCCAGCCCUCGGAUAGCUCCAACAUUGGUCUCUAUGAGGGAGACUGGGUUUGGUUGAAGAAAUUCCCCGGGGAUCACAUAGCUAUCCGCCCAGCAACCAAGGCAGCCUUCUCCAAGCUCCGGGAGCUCCGGCAGGAGAACGUGGCCCUCUACCUGGGUCUCUUCCUCGGCGGCGGCGGCGGAGCGGGUGGCUCGGCGGCCGCGGGGGAAGGCAUGCUGGCUCUGGUCUCAGAGCACUGCACCCGGGGCUCCCUCCACGACCUCCUCGCCCACAGAGACAUCAAGCUGGACUGGAUGUUCAAGUCCUCCCUCCUCCUGGACCUCAUCAAGGGAAUGAGGUAUCUGCACCAUCGAGACGUGGCCCACGGGCGGCUUAAGUCGCGGAACUGCGUGGUGGACGGGAGGUUCGUGCUCAAAGUCACGGACCACGGCCUCGGGCGACUGCUGGAAGCGCAGAGGGUGUUAGUGGAGCCUCCCAGCGCGGAGGACCAGCUAUGGACAGCCCCGGAGCUGCUUCGCGACCCGGCCCUGGAGCGCAGGGGGACGCUGGCUGGUGACGUCUUCAGCCUGGGCAUCAUCAUGCAGGAGGUCGUGUGUCGCAGCGCCCCCUACGCCAUGCUGGAGCUGACUGCCGAGGAAGUGGUGCAGAGGGUGCGGAGCCCCCCUCCACUGUGUCGGCCCUCUGUGUCCAUGGACCAGGCGCCCAUGGAGUGCAUCCAGCUGAUGAAGCAAUGCUGGGCAGAGCAGCCAGAACUUCGGCCCUCCUUGGACCGCAUCUUCGACCAGUUCAAAAGCAUCAACAAGGGCCGGAAAAUGAACAUCAUUGACUCGAUGCUGAGGAUGCUGGAGCAGUACUCCAGUAACCUGGAGGACCUGAUCGGGGAGCGCACAGAAGAGCUGGAGCUGGAGAAGCAGAAGACCGACCGGCUGCUCACGCAGAUGCUGCCACUUUCCGUGGCCGAGGCCCUGAAGAUGGGGACACCUGUGGAGCCCGAGUAUUUUGAGGAGGUGACGCUCUACUUCAGCGACAUCGUGGGCUUCACCACCAUCUCAGCCAUGAGCGAGCCCAUCGAGGUGGUGGAUCUGCUCAACGACCUCUACACGCUCUUCGACGCCAUCAUUGGCUCCCACGACGUCUAUAAGGUGGAGACAAUUGGGGACGCCUACAUGGUGGCCUCGGGGCUGCCCCAGCGGAACGGGCAGCGGCACGCCGCCGAGAUCGCCAACAUGGCUCUGGACAUCCUCAGCGCCGUGGGCUCCUUCCGAAUGCGCCACAUGCCCGAAGUGCCCGUGCGCAUCCGCAUCGGCCUGCACUCGGGCCCGUGCGUGGCGGGCGUGGUGGGCCUCACCAUGCCGCGGUACUGCCUGUUUGGGGACACGGUCAACACCGCCUCGCGCAUGGAGUCCACCGGGCUGCCUUACCGUAUCCACGUGAACGUGAGCACCGUGCGGAUUCUCCACGAUCUGGACCAGGGCUUCCAGACGGAGGUGCGAGGCCGCACCGAGCUGAAGGGCAAGGGCGCUGAAGACACCUACUGGCUGGUGGGCAGACGCGGCUUCAACAAGCCCAUCCCACAACCGCCUGACCUGCAACCGGGGGCCAGCAGCCAUGGCAUCAGUCUGGAGGAGAUCCCCCUGGAUCGGCGACAGAAGCUGAAGAAGGCGAGGCCGGGCCUGUUCUCUGGGAAGUGA